GGGGGGAAAGGGCCUAAUUGAAGGUUUCAAGGCAGAUGGGAAGCUGCUUUCGGCUGUGACCAAACGAAACAGCUGAUUUUUGUGCAUUUGCUAGCCCUACGGUGCCAUAGUCAUCCAGAUCCUCUUCUCCGGUGUAAUUCGGCUUCACUUGGAGGACUUUUUGGGCAUUUCUCGCAGCAACCGACUUCGAAACAACAAGGGAUCUUGAAGCGUCUGCAUAUAUAAUCUCUUGCUUCGUGGAUCUUUGUAUUUUCGCAUUUUUUGUCCCAUCAUCUACGCCGUUUGCAGUGAACUUUGAUACAGUUGUCCUUUGUGAUACACAUAAGGGCAUAGAAGAUGUCGAGUAAGAAGGAAGAGAAAGCUCAGGCUGCAGCUGAAAGAAUCAAGGCUGCGGCCUUGAGUGCUGCUAAGGGUCUUAGUCGUGCUCAGGCUGAACGUGCUGCAGCUGCAGCAGCCAGGAAUGUGAACGCUUAUGGUCAAAAGGAAGAAGGACCUAGCAGAUGGCAGGAGAAAAGAGAAGCAAAGAGGCAAAUGUAUUUGAUGAGUACUGAGAAAGCUGUUAAAUUGGGUGAAAGAAAAGACCUUAAAUCCACCAUGUCAACCGUUGGUAGUACAGCACAAUGCCAAAAGUGUUUCCAAAGUGGUCACUGGACAUAUGAAUGUAAGAAUGAGCGGGUUUACAUCUCACGACCAUCAAGGACGCAGCAGCUCAAAAAUCCUAAAUUGAGGGUGAAUGUUUCUGUGACCUAUGAUUUGGAUGAUAAUCCUGUUAAUAAGGAGGAAAAGAUUGGAAAGAGUUCUACUUCCAAGAAAAGCAAAAGAAAGCAUCGGUCAGACUCUGAUUCUGAUAGUGGUAGUGAGGAUUCAGUUUUUGAGACUGAUAGUGAGUCAUCAUCAGUUACAGGGUCAGAUUAUACUUCAGAAAGUAGUUCUGGUUAUAGCUCAUCAUCUGAUUCAGAGGAAGAAAGGAGGCGAAGGAGGAAGAAGAAGCUGCAGAAGAGGGGAAGGAGAAGAAGGUACAGCACAUCAUCUGAAUCUUCUGAUUCUGAGUCAGAUUCUGAUUCAGAUUCUGGUGAUAGAAGGAGCAGGAGAAAGCGCAGACAUGGUAGAAGGCGCUGAAGAUGUUUGAGAAUAUGAGCAUGUGGAAUAGCCCUGGUGAUAAUCUGGAUCAUGAUGCCUCCUGGAUUAUAUUCACUUCUCUCCCAAAACUAAAAUAAUCUGCUUGUGGUGGUUUGGGUAAAUACGUACGCUGAUUUUCUAUUCUGGCUUGUUUUAGGAUCUUAAAUCAUGUUAUCUUGAAGUUGACCAGAAGUUAGAUUUUAGCUUUCCUGUUGAUUAAUUUUUGUUGCUUUCUGCCUUGUGAUUGUAAGAUCCUUAAAAGAUUUUAAGAAGCUAGAUUUGAUUUUUCUCAA